ACAUAUUGGUUGGUGGUGUGAACAAGCUUCUCACUUUCCUAUUCUUGCGAGGAUGGUUCGUGAUAUCUUAGCAAUACCUGUGUCAUCUAUUAUAUCAGGUUCCACUUUCAAUGAAAAAGUUUUGAUGGACAAUCCAAUAUUCAGUGGAUUAGAUCCUCAGAUCAUAGAGGCGAUGAUAUGUGGCAGGGAGUGGUUAGAAUCUCCUAAAGAAGAUGACAGAGUAAAUCUUGCACCAAUGCAGAACAGGGCUAAAAGGAAGACGGUGGUGAAAGAGACUUAUGCGGUGAAAAGUUGCAAGAAGGGGACAACAACAUGGACAGAAAAGGUUACACUCAAUAAUUACCUUCAUAUUUUGUAAACCUAUAUGACGAAUACUCAACCUAAAAUCUUGGGCUAGUACUAUAUUUCUAACAUCUCAUAAAUAUGCCUAAAAAGAUUACAUAUUUUCAGAAUUGA